GGCCAUGCGCGUGGGGCGUUGCGGGCGCGGGUUCUGCCGGCGGCUUGGGAAGGUGUUGCUCACCCGCUCCUCCCCUUCUCCUCAAGUCCCAGCACGUCCCUGUGUCCCGGGCGCAGCAGAGCCGGCAGCGGUGGCGAGCACCCAGAGCAGAGGGGUCUCAGGGGUGCUGUGUGGGACCCGCAUUCCCGGCACCAGCAGCCGCUCCCACCUUGGGAGCCGCCUCCAGCCCAGACGGAAAAGAAAUCAAAACUGGGAGAGGCGCCCAGUGAAACCAAGCGAGGCGGGAGAGAGGCUCCCCCACCCCGACCACCUUUGCCCCCGGGAGGGGUCCCAUCCAGCAGCCCCGGCUGCCACACACGUGUGCGCACACCUUUGUUUAUUGUAGGACCUACAAGGAGGCAGGGAAAGCAAACACGGCCUCACCUUCCUGCUCCUGCUGCCAUUGCUGUGGCCGGGAAGGACGAGGCGAUGCUGGGGGUUGGGAGGGGUGGGGGGGCACCCAUGGGUGCUGUCUCCCCGCUGUUGCCCAUAGGGUUCCGGCUCGGCAUGGGGGAGGUGAGCGACACCGACAGCGGGAUCACGCUGCACUCAGGCCCCGACAGCCCAGUGUCGCCCCUGAAGGAGCGGGCGCAGGCGGGGCGCCGGCAGCAGCAGGCAUUGGAGGCCCAGCUGGAGGGCUGCGUGCAGGAGCUGCGGCGGCUCUGCCUGCGUGAGGCGGAGCUGACAGGGACGCUGCCCCGCGAGUACCCCCUGAAAGCUGGCGAGAAGCCCCCCAAGGUCCGACGCAGGAUUGGAGCUGCCUUCAAGCUGGAUGAGACCCUUGUCCUGCGCGGGGCGGACCCGCUCAGCACCCUGGAGCGGGACCUGGCGCUGCAGCUGCAGAUCGCCAAGGCCGCCCGGCGCCUCUGCCGCGAGGAGAACAUCAGCAAGCGGCUCCGCAAGCGCCGGCAGACGGCAGCCCUGCUGGAGGAGCAGAAGUUGAAGGACCUGGAGAACAUCCUCAACCAGCGACGGCUCUUGGCUGGCCGACGGCCUUUGUCUGCUGGCGGUGGAAUCGGUGCUGCCGAUGAGCUCAGCGCCUCUGAUGAGAGCUCCCUGUCGGACACCAUCCUGCUGGAGGAGGAGGAGACACGUCUGCUGGGACCUGCCACCCUGCGGGGGUCCCCAUCGCCCGAGGAGCCCACCGAGGCGGAGGAGUCGGGGUCCUCCCCAGCUCCCUCCAGCCCCUGGAAGGAGACCAGCCUUGACAGACCCUACGAGAAGGGGAAAAAAACCACCAUAGACAUCGGGGAUGGGGAAACCCAGGGCUCUCGGUGCUACCCCGGGUCCCCACCAGCCAUCCUCCCUGUCCCCUCGGUCCCCGGCAGCCCUGACCCUGCAGCCAAGCUGGUACACAGGAUGGAGGACGUCCCUCCCUACCGCUUCGUCCCCAUCAGGACUCUGGUGCUGUGCCGGCAGGCAGGCUCCAGUGCUCCCAGCACCCCGGAGCCAUCAGGCCGGCGGGGACAGUCCCAGUCCCUGAGGGUGGAAUCGUGCUGGCAGCCUGGCGAGCCACGUGGCCGCAGCGCCGUACCCCGCCGGCGCCCCACGUACUACACGGUGACGGUGCCCACCUCCUGCAUCCCGACCCCUGGCCCCACAUGCUGCUCUGGCUCCGAUGACAGCAUCUCCGAUCUCUCCAGCGUCUCCCACGCCACCUCCCCGGGCAGCAGCAGCCCCGACGUCUCCUUCCUGCGCCCCUCAGUCCUACCACCUCUCGUCGAACCCGGUUAUUACCAGCGGGGUGCCCACCGGUUCCUGCCACCCUCCGGCCCUCCGGCUUUCCUCUACGAGCAGGAUCUGGCCCCUCUGCGCUACCAACGCCUGGUGCCCUCGCACAGCCGCAUCGUGCGCACGCCCUCGCUCAAGGACUACGCGCCGGUGGGCAGCCGGGGGAUCUCCAAGGCGACUGUGACCGAGGAACUCAAGUCAUGGCACCAGCGCGCCCAGCUGCGGGGUGCCCGUCCCCACUCCCUCGACCGGCAAGGUGCCUUUCGAGGACCCCGUGGUGGCACCACCAGGGACGUGACCGUCCCUCGUGGAGUCCUGGUGAGGGCUCAGGUGCCCCAGCUCCACGUCCUGCGGCACUCGGCGAACGGCGUGCCCGUGCAGGUCUACGUGCCUGAGAACGGCGAGAUCAUCACACAGGUGUAAGCACGGACACCCCCCUCCACCCCGGGGGGGUACAGCCUGGCUGGCCCAGGGACAGGGGGGCCCGGGCCGUCCCCCCAUCCCGCCAUUCCUGGUGUUGGGGACACAAGUGGGAGGUGCAGCCGCCCUCCCAGCACCCCUGGGGUGCGCAGGGCUGGGAUGGGGUGGCUGGGGCUGGUCCCCCCCAUCCCCUCACUGACACUGUGACCCCAAUGCUGACGGUGUCACUGUGACCCCAACACUGAUGGUGCCACCAUAACCCAGGUGCUGAUGGUGUCACCGUGACCCUGAUAUUGAUGGUGUCACUGUGACCCCAACACUGAUAGUGUCACUGGGACCCCAAUACUGGUGGUGUUGCCACUGUCCUCACUUUGGGUCUCUAAUAAAUGUGGUUGUUGGGGUGCUCCUGUCCUUGCCAUCCCCUUGGGAUGCGUCACCUCUGUCUCCAGCCCUGUCCCCCACCAGGUCCCCC